AUGCCUGCAGAUUACAAUGGGACGUGGGAAAUGGAAACCAAUGACAACUUUGAAGGCUACAUGGUUGCUUUAGGUAUUGAUUUUGCCACUCGUAAGAUUGCAAAACACUUGAAACAAACAAAGGAGAUUGUUCAAGAUGGAGAUAAUUUUAAAACAAAAACAACCAGUACUUUAAGAGACUAUCACCUUGAUUUCGCUGUGGGAGUGGAGUUUGAAGAACACACCAAAGGACUGGAUAACCGAACAGUAAAGACUCUAGUGACCUGGGAUGGUGACAAACUGAUAUGUGUUCAGAAAGGUGAAAAGAGCAACAGAGGCUGGAAGCAUUGGAUUGAAGGAGACCUACUGCAUCUGGAACUGACAUGUGAAGACCAGGUGUGCCAUCAGGUAUUCAAGAAGAAAAAGUAA